AUGAGUUCCGCAACCCUUGUGCCGAUGAAGUAUGAGUUAUUCCCUCUCGGAUCCAUCAAACCAGAGGGAUGGUUUCGCGACCAGCUGCGUCUCUGUGGCCAAGGGCUCGGUGGCAAGCUCUUCCACUUCUACCGGUUCGUCAAGAACAGCACCUGGCUGGGCGGGACAUGGGAGUACACGCCGUUGAAUGAAGCCGCGCCGUACUGGUACAACUACAUGGUGCCUCUUGCAUUCAGCUUCGAUGAAUCCAUCGACGCCCCUCUCGCCCGAGAGCUGAGAGCCCAAGCCGAACAGUUCUUGCACUACACUCUGGAUCACCAGAGCCCGGAGGGCUGGCUGGGCCCGGAGACGACGCGGGAGACGCGAGGAAUCUGGGCGCGCUGCCUGCUGCUCCAAGGGCUGAUGAACCACGCUCUUGCUGACACCACAAAGCGAGAAGUGAUAAUCAAUGGAAUUCUCAAGUUCGUCGCGCUCGUGGAAAGCAUGCUGCAAAGAGACUACGAGGGCUACCUACCCAAAGAUGGUGACGAGUUCGACAAACAAUGGUUCGGAGUAGCACGCGCACAUGAGCUGUCGACAACGUUGCAAUGGCUCUAUGACGAGCCCGAGGCGGCUGAACAACGAGCAUCCAUCUGGCAUGUCAUGGAAAUGCUGUGGGACGGAUCCCGUCUCGCGAAAAGAGACUGGACUGUCUUCUUCACCAAAGAAAACUUCCCACAAAUGCCGUCGGUGAAGCAUCAAUCACCAAACUUCCAGCACGGCGUCAACGUUGCACAAGGUCUCCGAUACCCCGCGCAGCUGUACCGCAUGCACCCUUCGUCUCGGCUGUUCAGACUCUCCAAGCAGGCAGUGGCGCGAGCCUUUCAGUUCCACGGAACACCGGCGGGGUCUCUCAGCAGCGAUGAGUACGUGGGCGGGCUGUCACCCCAGCGCGGGGCGGAGCUUUGCUGCUCGGUAGAGCUGAUCUUCUCGCUAUCUUACCUGCAUCGUCUUUUUGGUGACAACGACUUUGCUGACCGCGCCGAGCUCGCUGCGUACAACUCCCUUCCCGCCGCAAUACAGUCGGACUGGUGGAGCCACCAAUACGUCACGCAAACGAACCAGCCUUGGGCUCAGGAACUGCGUCUUGAAGAGAACGAGAGGACGCCUUUCUACGACGUGUGCCGGUACGCAAAUGUCUUUGGACUCGAACCUGAAUUCCCAUGCUGCACCGUCAAUCAUCCGACCGCCUAUCCAAAGAUGUUGAUGAACUCGUUCCUCCGGCUCACUCCCGAGCCGCGAGGGAGGGCGCUCGUGGCAGUGCUGCACGCGUACCUGAUCCCCUCCAAGCUCAGCAUCGACGGCAUCACCAUCUCCUGCGAAAGCAACUACCCCUUCGCCCCUUGCGCCAUGUUGUAUUCCAUCUCCACUGACCAGCCAUUCGACUUUUUCAUCAGAGUGCCGCGGUGGGCCACGGCCUUGUCUUCCAUCGAGAUCAGAGACGCCCAGGCAGGGUCGUCUCGGCUCUACAAGACGUUCGCAUCCAACGUAGAAGACGCGGCACUGGCAGGCCUCCACAGAGUCCAGAUCCCCGCCGGUGGCGAAUACAAAGUAGCUGUGACGCUGCACGCCGACAUCCGCGUCGAGUACCACGCGGACAAGUCGGUCAGCAUCUCCUACGGCCCGUUGCUGUACGCCUACCCGAUCGAGUACUCGGUCACCACCAGACCGCCGCGCAACUACAAAGACCAAGUCUCCGACUGUCCCGAACUCGACGCCACCGCCGCCGGAGAAGCUGAUCAGGGCUGGCAAUCCAAGGUGUGGGACCACGACCUGCUCCCCACGUCAGCAUGGGGCAUCGCCAUCGACCCGGGCCAGAAGAUGAAGCUCGUCUUCUCAGACCCCUGGCUGGACGGGAAGAGAGAGAGGAUCCGCGAGCUGCCGAACCCCAUCUGGGACGCAGGCGCGUCGCCCGUGUACAUCGAAGUCACGGCGGUGGCGGUGGACUGGCCGGUGCGGAACGGGACGGCGGCGGAGCCAAGUGCCGUGGAUGCGAGCAGUACAAGGGGCAAGCCCUUCCGAGCGAAGCUGGCCCCGUUCGGAACGGCGAAGCUGCAUAUGGCGCAGUUCCCGGUUGUUGAUCUUUAG